AUGUUGAAACAACAAGCUACAACUGUAUCAGAUAUUCUUCCAUUAAGACGGCUAGAAUCGUCUAUUAAUUCUACUCCUGAGCCAGAUGCGUCUCAAAUCUUAUCUCCAGUUACCACAAUUAGUGCAACUGCUCCAAUUGGUAUUCAAAUUUGUUGGCUAAUGCCGGAUUGUGAUGCACAUAUCAUCGAUUUAUUAUUUAGUAAUCAGUCUAAAUGUUCUGGAGGUCCGAUAGAAGAGCAAAUGAUUUACAAACAUAUGGGUGUUGCUUCAGUAGUGUACAGGAACAAAUCAACUGCAAUAAAUGUUAUGAUGCAUGGCUCUGUCACUUUCCAUAAUUUUGAGUUUCAUACACGUUUAUUAACACGUGCAGUAGACACGCGUGUUAUUUAUUUUUUUAAUUUAUCACAAGAGGACGAAGAUCGCGUUAAACUGUAUAUUGAUGUCGUGUCACCACCAGAAAAUAAGUUACAAAUUCAAUUUUAUGAUAGCAAAAUUACCGGUGAUAAACAUUUAGGGGCACUUGUUCGGUAUGAGAAUGAUAUUGAUUUUCCUCAAGUUGUAAAAAAUAUCGCAUCACGUCCACGCUGUCAAAAUCGGCUUGUCAAGUAUAAACAGCUGUAUAAACCGGAAACAUUAUUGAUUGAAUAUGACGACGAUAAAAGUGUUGAAGAUUGGUUAUCUCAUCCGUUUCCAACGAGUAUUCAUGCACAACUAAUUUAUAUUGAUAUCUAUACAGAAAAAGAAUUCAACGGUUAUUUACAACGACGUUUACAAGAAAUCAAAAGCAAAUCGGAAGAAAUUCAUGUAAAACAGGACGUACAAUUGCCGAAAGAACAAAUAGAAAUAUGCAGUUCAUCACUCUCUAAAUCAACAGUACUAGAAGUGAAACCGUUGCCAACUGUGAUCAUUGAUUCUGAACCACAAUCCAAAUCAAACGUUAAAAAUAAUCACGAAAAAUCAAUUAUCCGAUCCACAGUGCAAUCAAGAAUCGAAAUUAUUCCUGAUCAGAACGCUGUAUUAAAGAAAACUAUUGCCUUUUUACCGGAAGAAAAGAAAGAAGUUAAAAUCGAACCAAACAAACAGUCGCUCAAGACAGUGACACAAAUCGCAUCAACAACCCAACCAGAAAAAAUACAAAAUUCAAACAUCGAUAUCAGUCAACAUGCAAAGGAGACGAUAAAGCCACCAUUAUAUACACAGCAGAAACCAUCAAAGGUUCUUGAUAAACAAAAUCAUAAUAUUUCACAAAAAGCUGUAGAAUUACCAGCGAAUAAAAUUACUCAAAAUGGAAAAACAGCUGUUGCUGUAAGUGAUAUGUUGACAAAAUCAGUUCAACAAUCUCAAACAAAAAAACAGCUUGAUAUUGUAGUAAAAACGCAACCACCAGUGAAUAGUCAAACUGAAAAUGAUUCGAUUCAAAAACCAGUUAAAAUGCUGACUAAACCUUCAGCUCAAUCAAAUCCGGCUGGAAUGACUACUAUUGCCACAGGAAAGGACGAUACUAUUCCAUCAGCAAUGAAACGGCUGUGUACUGAUCUAGAAACUAAUCAUAUUGAAAAAAAACACGAUAUUAGUACAACAAAUGGUGAUGAUAAUCAACAUGUGUUUACAAAUGAAUCUUCAGAUGGCGAUAGCGAUGACACUGAAUUUCAAAAAUGUAUAAGUACAAGUCGAUUGCCAACCCACAUUGAAAUGCAACAAUACCAUGUAAAUGAAGAUGAGUUUGAAGCACCAAGUACAUUUUUAUUUGGUGAUGAUUAUUCUGUAUCAAUAAAAAAUCAAAAAUUGGCUAAUGCUUACGUGAAGUAUACCCAGUGUCGUGCGGAACAUUUGUUAAUUUCUAAACCUAUGAAAAUAUGUUCGGUAGUAAAAGCAACUACGACAACAACCUCAAAGAUACCAUUCGUUGUAACAAAUCAAGAGAAACCAGAAGAACAAAAACAAAAGAAACAAAAGAAACGGAUUAAAAAAAGAAAAAAGGCACAACAACAACAAACAGCAUUAGAAAAAUCGACAGACAAACAUUCCGAAGUGGAAAAUAAUGACGAUGAUGAAGUUGACGUAUUAAGUAAUCACAAUGAACAAGAAAAUAAUUCAACAGAUAUGCUACGUGUAAAAUUUACACACAAUAUGAAAGCCGUUGUAAUUGUUGAUCCUGUUAUACAACAAGAUUUAGAAGAUAAUACGGAUCAAGGUGAAUGGCAAAAUGUGCCUAGUAAGAAAACAAAUGUUAAAUUGGUGCAAGGACAACGAAAACAAAAGUUAAAUACUCGAAAGAAAAAAAAAUGA